UUCGAGAACAUCUUCUCAGACGUGAAUGCAUGUGGUUGGCUGCGCGGGGUGCGUUCGUGUGGCUGCGUGAGCCGUGAACGGACUCGGAUGAUCAGCGCAAAAUGUUCAAUGUUUUAUAAAGACGGCAUCGUCCGACUCGAUUGAUAUCACGUUCCCGCACUUCCCGUCAAUAACUACCUCGAAAGAUCGACAAAUCAUACAGAAAUUGAACAUUCUACGACGGACUUUUCGCUUUCCACAUUUGCGAGCACCGACGACAGACAUCAAAACCACAAUGGCAGGACCCGAAGUAUCCCACGGCCGUGGCGGCGCCGGCAACAUCAACCCCGACGACACCAAGUACGUUGACGGAGAAGUCGUUAGAGCAGGCUCUGAAGGCAGCCACGGAGAUGGAGCGUUCAGCACCGGUCGCGGAGGCGCAGCAAACAUAGGCGACGCAGGCGUCACCCCCCACCGUCGCGCCGACAAGGACAUCAUUCCCGACGCCGCCAUCCGCCACUCCCAAGAGACGGAGAACUACCACACCGGUCGGGGCGGCGCCGGUAACGAGCGUCACGUCUCUCCGGCUGGUACUGGUAACGGUAGUAGUCACAAGGCUCCUGCCGCGGUGGUGGACAGGGGGACGGGGGGUGGUAUACCUGGUGUUAGUGGUGAUCACCAUCAUCAUCAUCAUGGUACCCACGAAAGACAGCACAGUUUGGCGGAUAAGUUGAAGUGGAAGAUUUUUGGAAAGCCAAAGGGGCAUGAGACUGAGGUUUCGCAUGUUGGGGACGGUCCGGGUCAUUGAGUGAGGGAGAGAUGCCCGACAGGAUGGGGUGGAGAUUUGGCUCGGCGCUCGGCAUGCGGGGGACUGGGGCUGAGCUGAGCUGAGCUGAGCUGAAGUGAAUGUGCGCGUUUUGAAUUGGAGAGCUGAGAAGGAGGGGGAGGAAGGCCAGUUUUUGUUAUACCAAAUACCCAUUUUUUGUCUUCGUUUGGCCUUCUUGGGGACAGCUUUUGGAUAGAUUUUGUGGUUUGGGGAUUUUGACAGUAAGCUGCUGUCCCCUAAUAUUCAUCACACUUCUUGAAUUUGGGAGUUGGGAUGGAUGGAUGGAUGUCUUGGCGGUGACUAACACCCAGAUUUGCAACUAAACAGGAUUCAAUGUGACGCUCCAAACAACCGACAUGCGGGAGCAUUAACAGAGAUGUUUUAUGAUUGUUAUGUAGGUUGUAGUUAGGUGGUCUGCCGUCAGCCAAGAGCUGGCAAUGGUGUCUUUUUCAACAUCUUCACUUCAUUCCAUAAGUAGAAAAUGUCUUGUCCUUCGUCACACUCUUUGAAGCAAAUCUGGUACCGACGGCACCUUCAC